CACCUGCCCUCCCCGAGGGCCCCGGCGGUCCGAGCGUGCCCGCACCCCCCGCCGCCCGGGCGCCGGCGGGGAGAUGAACGCGCCGCUGGACGGCCUGUCGGUGAGCUCGUCCUGCACCGGCUCGCUGGGCUCGGCGGCCGGCGGCGGGGGCGCGGGGCUGCGGCUGCUGUCCGCCAACGUGCGCCAGCUGCACCAGGCGCUGACGGCGCUGCUGAGCGAGGCGGAGCGGGAGCGCUUCACGCACUGUCUCAACGCCUACCACGCGCGCCGCAACGUCUUCGACCUGGUGCGCACCCUGCGCGUGCUGUUGGACAGCCCGGUCAAGCGGCGCCUGCUGCCCAUGCUGCGCCUGGUCAUCCCCCGCUCCGACCAGCUGCUCUUCGACCAGUACACGGCCGAGGGCCUCUACCUGCCUGCCGCCACCACCGCCGCCGCCGCUGCCACCGCCGCCACCGCUACCACCACCGCCCCCGCCUACCGGCAGCCCGUCUGGGCUGGCCCCGACGGCGCGGGGCCGGCGGGAGAGGUGCGCGUGGUGAGCCUGCGGCGCGCCAAGGCCCAGGAGGGCUUAGGCUUCAGCAUCCGAGGGGGCUCCGAGCACGGCGUGGGCAUCUAUGUGUCGCUGGUGGAGCCCGGGUCUCUGGCCGAGAAGGAAGGGUUGCGAGUCGGCGAUCAGAUUCUGCGUGUCAACGACAAAUCUCUGGCCCGGGUGACGCACGCAGAGGCCGUCAAGGCGCUCAAGGGCUCCAAGAAGCUGGUGCUGUCCGUCUACUCCGCGGGGCGUGUCCCCGGUGGCUAUGUCACCAACCACAUCUACACCUGGGUGGACCCUCAGGGCCGCAGCGUGUCUCCACCCUCGGGCAGCAGUGCCCUGAGGCAGCGAGAGGGUGACCGGAGGAGCACUCUGCCCCUUCUGCAGGGCGGGGAUGAGAAAAAGGUCAAUCUGCUGCUGGGAGCCGGCAGGUCCCUGGGCCUCACCAUCCGCGGGGGCGCCGAGUACGGCCUGGGCAUCUACGUCACCGGCGUGGACCCGGGCUCCGAGGCGGAGAGCAGCGGCCUCAAGGUUGGGGACCAGAUUCUGGAGGUGAACGGACGGAGUUUCCUCAGCAUCCUACAUGACGAUGCUGUUCGGCUGCUCAAGUCGUCCCAGCAUCUCAUCCUGACAGUCAAGGACGUCGGAAGGCUGCCCCACGCCCGCACCACCGUGGACGAGACCAAGUGGCUCGCCAGUUCCCGGAUCGGGGACCCCACCGCCCACGGAGCAGGGUCUGACCUCAGGUUCCCUGGAGAUCUCACGGCCGGAGGCAGCAGUAAGCUGGGGUUCUACAAGGGGCCGGCGGGCUCGCAGGUGACCCUGAGCAGCCUUGGCCACCAGGCUCGGGCACUGCUGGAGGAGCAGGCGCGGCAGCUGCUGAGCGAGCCUGAGCGCACCACCCUGGCCUACUACCUGGACGAGUACCGCGGCGGCAGCGUGCCCGUGGAGGCCCUCGUCAUGGCGCUGUUCGAGCUGCUCAACACGCAUGCCAAGUUCUCCCUCCUCUCCGAGGUGAGAGGCAUCAUCUCCCCCCAAGACCUGGACCGCUUCGACCACCUGGUGCUGAGGCGCGAGAUCGAGUCCAUGAAGGCACGGCAGCCUGCGGGCCCGGCGGGCGGGGACACCUGCUCCGUGGUCUCCUACAGCGACGCGGGCUCGUCCACCGGCAGCCACGGCACCUCCACCACGGUCAGCUCGGCCAGGAACACUCUGGACCUGGAGGAAACUGGCCAGACUGUGCAGGGCACUAGCAGCACCCUUCCUGAUGUGUCCCUGGACGACGUCAGACCCAGCUCCCAGGCGCUUCCCAGCUUCAAGGCGCCACCCGUGCCCCCUCCUCCGGGCCAGCCCAGGAAGCCUGGCCGAGAGGACCUGCAGCCGCCCUCCUCGGCCUCCUCCCACUCGGGCAUCGUGUUCUCAGCGCCCCCCGGGAAUCGCAGCAGCCCGCCGGCGGGCAGCGCCCCCACCCCAGGGCCUUCCGGGGCCCCAGACUCUCCCUCCUCACCCUCGCCUCUCUACGCCUCCGUCUCCCCCGCCAAUCCCGGCUCCAAGCGGCCCCUGGAUGCCCACCUGGCCCUGGUCAACCAGCACCCCAUUGGCCCCUUCCCUCGGGUCCAGUCCCCACCGCACUUGAAGAGCCCCCCCGCGGCGGCCGCGCCGGCUGGGGGCUGCCUCCUGCCGCCCUCCCCGUCAGGCCGCCCAGAGCAGGCUGGCACCAACCAGCACUUUGUGAUGGUGGAGGUGCAUCGCCCUGACAGCGAGCCGGACGUGAACGAAGUGAGGGCGCUGCCCCAGACACGCACAGCCUCCACACUCUCGCAGCUCUCGGACAGUGGGCAGACCCUGAGCGAGGACAGCGGCGUGGACGCUGGUGAGGCAGAGGCCAGCGCCCCGGGGCGAGGCAGACAGGUGGCCUCCACCAAGAGCAGGAACAGCAAGGAGCCGCCCCGGAGCGAGAGGACCUCUGAGGGGGUCACCAAACCGCCCGGACUCCUGGAGCCCACGUCCACCCUGGUCCGCGUGACCAAGAGUGCGGCCACGCUGGGCAUUGCCAUCGAGGGCGGCGCCAACACCCGCCAGCCGAUGCCCAGGAUCGUCACCAUCCAGCGAGGCGGCUCCGCCCAUAACUGUGGGCAGCUCAAGGUGGGCCACGUGAUCCUGGAGGUGAAUGGGCAGCCACUGCGAGGCAAGGAGCACCGGGAGGCCGCGCGCAUCAUCGCCGAGGCCUUCAAGACCAAGGAGCGCAGCUACAUCGACUUCCUGGUCACCGAGUUCAACGUGAUGCUCUAAGCCAGGACCCAGGGCACCGGGAAGUCUCCUCAGGGGGAGGGGG